AUGGCUUUCAAAAAGCUAUUUUCUCUAAAAUAUUUGAUACCCAAAUGUUUAAAGCCAAAGAAACUGCUAAAAAGGCCUUCUGCUGAAAUUCAAACUUCAAAAAAAAUGUCUCUUAGAAGAAUCUUAUCAUUAUCUGAUAUGAGUGUUAGAUCAUCUUUAUCAGUUAUUAGUGAUCUUUCAAAUUCUUGUAAUGGUUCAAAUCUUCAAAUUUUCACCUUUAAAGAACUUGAAGAAGUUACUGAAAACUUCAACAAAAUCAAUUAUUUGGGUGAGGGAGGAUUUGGGCCUGUGUUUAAAGGGUUCAUUGGUGAGAAUUUCAAGGCUGGUUUGAAAUCACAACAAGUGGCUGUCAAGAUUUUGGAUUUGGAUGGCUCUCAAGGCCAUAGAGAGUGGCUGACUGAAGUGUUUUUUCUUGGGCAAUUGAGACAUCCAAAUCUUGUUAAUUUGAUUGGAUAUUGCCUUGAAGAUGAACAGAGGCUUCUUGUGUAUGAAUAUAUGGAAGGAGGAAACUUGGAGGAUCUGUUGUUUAAAGGUUGUUAUGUUUCAAAUUUGACAUGGUUACAAAGGAUCAAGAUUGCAUUAGGAUCAGCAAAAGGCCUUGCUUUCCUUCACGAAACCGAAAAACCGAUCAUUUUUCGUGAUUUCAAGGCUUCGAACAUCUUACUCGACUCGGAUUACAAUCCGAAGCUUUCAGAUUUUGGGUUGGCCAUAAAUGGUCCCGACGAAGACGAUACACACGUAACGACUCGAAUCAUGGGGACAGAAGGUUAUGCAGCUCCAGAAUACAUCAUGACAGGGCAUUUGUCAACAAUGAGUGAUGUGUUCAGCUUUGGGGUACUUCUAUUAGAGUUGCUAACUGGUCGACGAGCGGUCGACAAGAGUCGGCCGAGUCGAGAACAGAACUUGGUGGCUUGGGGAAGGCAUCUCUUGAAAGAUCACCACAAACUUGAGAAGAUCAUUGAUCCAAGGCUUGAGGGGCAUUAUUCAAAUGAAGGGUCUAAAAAAUUGGCUACAAUAGCUCACCAAUGCCUUAGCCACCACCCAAAAUGUAGGCCUACAAUGAGCUUAGUGGUGAAAGAUUUGGAGGUUGUUCUUAAUAUGAAAGAAUUUUUAACUGAGCCAUUUGUAUAUAUUGUCCCAAAUGAAGAGAUCAAAGAGGUGGAGAGACCUAAAAAUCGUUAUCGGGAUCGAAAAGGUCGAAGUUAUAGGCUUCGGGUACCGUUGUCGAGAUCAAGAUCUGGUGCAGUUCAUUCUGAUAUAACCUUAGUAGAAAAUAGAUAGAUUGACUUCAUGUUUGUCAUUAUAGUUUGGCCUAAAAUCUAUAUUGGACAUAGGAAAUUUAGAGAGCAAAGAGUACAUGUUAGUUAGUUUGGUGUCUUGGUUUGUUUGUUUGUUUUUGGUAGUUUUCCAUAUUUUCUUUUGGUUUCCAAGAAGUUGAGAUCAUGAAAAUCUCUCUUGGAAAUGGAAACCUAAAGAACUUUGUUUUUUUUAAUCUAUGGAGAACUUGAUGUUGUUGGUCAUAAAUUUCCCAAUCAAGUUUUCCCAGCUAUGAUUUUAUUCCAAAGGAAAAAAGACUUUACUUUGUAAA